AUGUUCGGCUUUCCUACAGAUCUGUUCGGUAUGCAUGGCGGAGGUAACCGAAGUUCGAACAACAGCUCAUUGAUACCUCAUCAGCCGUCAUUGUUUGGAAAUUCGUUCAUGAUACCAUCGCCAUUCGGUGGUAUGAAUGGAUUAUUUGAUGAAUUUGGUAUUAACUCAUCACCAUUUGCCAUGAUGGAUCGUAUGAUGCGAGCAACAAGUAAUGGAUUGUUCCUUGGCGGUGGCAGUAAUACAAAUGGACCUGUACAUUCAUUUACGUCGACAACAGUGAUGUCUUAUAACGGAUCAGAUGGACGACCGACAGUUUAUCAAGAGUCGACGUCGCGUACGAGAGGGCCUGGUGGAUUGGAAGAAACACGACAGGCCAUUCGGGAUAGUGAGCGUGGAAUCAAUAAAGUUCAAAUUGGCCAUCGGAUCGGUGAUCGUAAACAUGUCAUUGAACGGGAGAUGAAUGUUGAAACAGGUCAGAUAUCCGAAAAUGUCGAACUUGAAAAUCUUGACGAAGAACAAACGGACGAAUUUAAACGCGAAUGGCGUCAACGUUCAGUUCGAGCUGGUAUUCCUCGCCAUUCUCACCAUCCAUAUCAUCAUCAGAUCGCUUCCAGUCGUCAUCAUCCGGUGUCAGAGUCACAUCAGCCACAAUUAGCACUUGAAUAUAGCUCUUCAUCUGCAUCGAAUCGACAUCAUAAAAGACCUGUUAGACAAGUGCAACAUUCUUCCCAACGGCCAACACUUCAUCAUUCGGAUACGAUCGAUUUGACACGUGAUUCACCUAUUAUCGAAGAAGUUGACGAUGAUGAUGACGAUGACGACGAACAGUUACCAUUGCCACAACCGCUGCCAGUUAAACGCAAAGCAUCAUCAUCGUCAUCAACUGGUGCUGAUAUGCAUAGAAAACAUCGACAAAAACGAUUUUAA